GUGUCACAUGAUCGUUCAGCGAGUCCGAGUGCUAGGGCAGAGAUGCCACCGAUGCCCGAUAAUAUUUGCAAUUGUUGCAACAGAAAAGUUGGUGAAUUCAUAAGGUGUGUCAAGUGCGGUGAUAUUUUCCAUCCAUCAUGCUUACUGAAGUCAGCAAACAGGAAAAACGCCACCUGUCAUCAUGCCCCAUCAGACGAAGGUCAGUUAAAGUUAAAUGAGGAAAUUUCUAUCAGAAACGAAAACAAAACCCUUCGCAUUGAAAUUGAAUACUUGAAAUCUCUUUUGGAUGAAACCAGAAGUAAAAAUACGAUUCUGUUGGAAAAUAAUGAACUUUUGAAGUUUAAGAUCUCCAGCCUUGAACUUCAAAUAAAAACAACAGAAAAAACCGUCAAAAACACGAAUCCUCAAGAUAAGACAAUUGUACCCGUCAACACUGGCUCAUCAACAUCCAAGAAUCCUUACAGUUCUGUGGUCAAAAAUAACCUUGCUAAUACGCAUGAUCAACUUACAUUGUCAUCCGAGUGUCAGCGUCAAGAUGAAAUGAAUGUAAACAACGAAAUUAUUGAGGUACCACCAGUGAAUAUUGCGAAUAAUCGGGGCAAUUCAGUUUCUAGAGUAAAUUUACCCGAAGAGAAAACGGAAUGGACCACAGUCGAGAAGAAAAGGAGAAAACCAGCCGUAAUAAACAAAAAGAAAGUUUGUUUUGGUACGAAAACGGAUAGUUCAGAAAGUUUAAUUCAAGGUGCAAUACGUAGAAAAUGGAUCUAUGUUGGUAGAAUUGCUGGUAAAGAAGUCACAGAACAGGAUAUGUUAUCGUUUUUGGAUUGUAUAGAAGGUAGUGAUCUCAUAAUAGUGAAAAAGUUAAACACAAUUGGACAAAACUCGGCUUUUAGUAUAGGCCUACCAGAUGAAAAUGCUUACAAAACUGUGUUUUGUGAAUCCUUCUGGCCCCGAGGAGUUAUAUUGAGAGAAUUUUCCUUUGACAAAAAUUUUUUUCAGAAGAACAGAGAACAACAGAAAACAUAAUUGCUGCUGCUAGUCCUGAACUUAAAUCAGAUAAAUGUUUUAGCCUCAUUCUUCAGAAUGUUCAAUCCUUGGGUACUGCUUUCAAUCAACUUCAACUUGUGGCUCAUCAAGAAAAAACAGAUAUAAUAGCUGUGACUGAACACUGGAAAUGCAAUGACGAACUUAAGGCGUAUAAAUUGGUUGGUUAUAAGCUGAUCUCAAGCUACUGUCGUGCAAGGGGAAGUCAUGGUGGUUGUGCGAUAUACUGUAAGGAAGAAUUUACCUGUACCGAAAGAAAGGACUAUAAUUCUAUUAGUAUACCCUAUGUUAUUGAAUGCUCUGCAGCUCAAUUUUCUGUAGACCAGCACAAAUUUCUGUUUAUUUGCAUCUACAGGCCUAAUUCCCCACCAUUGGCAGAUGUAGAUCUAUUUUUGGAAAAACUUAGGGCAAUACUCGAACGAUGCUCGCUGGAAAAAGCUCCAUUCAUUUUGGUAGGGGAUUUUAACUUGGACAUCCUCUCCACUUCACCUGAUGUCAGAAAUUUUAUGUCUCUCUUGGAAAGUUUUCAUGUGAAACCAUUAAAUCGACAACCAACCCGUCCUUCUUCAGGCACCUGUUUAGAUAAUGUGAUUACUGCCCUUGAAGGAUUGACCCAGCUACCCUCGAACAAGGUGAGGUUCCCUUGGGUCUAUUCUUGGAUCUUACCAAGGCUUUCGAUUGUGUGGAUCAUGAACGAUUGUUAUCAAUUCUUGAGGACUACGGCAUCAGAGACAAUCAGUUAAAGCUAAUGGAGAGUUACCUGUCAUCCAGGAGACAGAUAGUUGUUAUGGAAGUGGAUGGUGAAAUAUUGCAGUCGAACGAGAGAGUAAUCACUAUGGGCGUUCCACAGGGAAGUAUCCCAGGACCUCCACUUUUCAUUAUCUACAUUAAUGGUUUACCUAAGGCCAGAAUUCCAAUAAAGCACAAUAUGGGUAUGUUUGCUGAUGAUACCAACUACAUUCUCGAAUCCCCUUGUGUUGCAACAGCUAUAGAAGACUCAAAAAGUGUACUGAAGUCGGUGGGUGACUGGUUGGGAGCUCACAAUCUUGUUUUGAAUGUUGAUAAAACGCAGUGUUUAUUUUUCUAUAGUGAAAGAUCU